AUGGCCGACAAGAGGGACAUAGGUCCCUCGCGCCCAAGAGCACCCACCAUCACCAUCGACACAUCUGCUACAAACGACCCGCGCGUCGGACAGCCUGUACCACGGGGAGACAUGGCAGAUAGCAGCAGGAGAUCAACACAUUCCAAUGGCGACGUCUCGCCGACGCAAAGAAGGGGCCCCUCGCAAGAGCUGCACAAUGCCAAUUCUUUCGACUCCAACGCGAGCAGGCCAAUCAGCCCCCACAAUGUCAGCUCGCCCGUCACAAGUUCGAAUCAUGCCGGCUUGUUGAGCGUCCCAGGCGCACAUUCCCGGGGCAACUCGAUCGAUUCUGCUACUGAGCAUGGCGAAUCCAACUCGAGUGCAACUUACGUUACCUCAUCACAAGGGGAUGCUCUCAAGGGCGACCUCGCACCCUCGGAAAUCCCAAGUGCCGAAGAGUCUUUGAAGCCAGAUCCGGGAACGGAACACGAAUUCGAGGUGGAAAACAACAAGUUUGCUUUCUCGCCUGGCCAACUAGGCAAGCUCUACAAUCCAAAGAGUCUGGGUGCUUUCCAUGCACUCGGAGGGCUCGAUGGAAUAGAAAAGGGUCUCAGGACCGACAGAAAAGCCGGUCUCAGUCUAGACGAGCAAUACUUGGAUGGAGUCGUCACCUUUGAAGAGGCAACCGCGCCAACCGUGUCGCAAUCUCCGCAGAAAUCCGCCACAAACGGCGCUGGACACGCCGAGAGUGAGCUCAAGAGUGCUGGAGAAAACGCAUUCGCCGAUCGAAAGCGCGUUUUCAGCGACAAUCGACUACCCGUACGGAAACCAAAGAACAUCUUCCAGCUCGCUUGGAUGGCCUACAACGAUAAAGUGCUCCUCUUGCUGACUGCAGCCGCCAUCAUCUCGCUUGCUCUUGGUCUCUAUCAAACUUUUGGUGCCGAACACGCGCCUGGUGAGCCCAAGGUGGAAUGGAUCGAAGGUGUGGCUAUUAUUGUAGCCAUCGCCAUCGUUGUCAUCGUCGGCGCGGCCAACGACUGGCAGAAGGAACGACAAUUCGUCAAGCUCAACCGGAAAAAGGAAGAUCGAACCAUCAAAGUGAUUCGCUCGGGUGCGACUCGCGAGAUUUCGGUGUACGACAUUUUUGUUGGCGACGUCGUCUGCUUGGAGCCCGGUGACAUGAUUCCCGUCGAUGGCAUUCUCAUCACAGGUCAUGGCAUCAAAUGCGACGAAUCCUCGGCUACCGGCGAAUCUGAUUUGUUGAAAAAGAUGUCAGGAGACGAAGCUUUCAAGGCGAUUGAGAGGCAUGACAACCUGAAAAAGGUGGACCCGUUUAUCCUUUCGGGAGCAAAAGUCUCGGAGGGUGUAGGGACCUUCAUGGUAACAGCUACCGGUAUCCACUCUAGCUACGGAAAGACGAUGAUGUCUCUACGCGAAGACAGUGAAGUCACUCCACUACAGAACAAGUUGAAUGUCCUUGCGACCUACAUCGCCAAACUGGGAGGAGCAGCGGCACUGUUGCUCUUCGUCGUCCUGUUCAUCGAAUUCCUCGUCCGCCUCAAGAGCGGCAACCGAACGCCAGCGGAAAAGGGUCAAAAUUUCCUCGACAUCCUCAUUGUUGCCAUCACUGUCAUCGUUGUCGCUGUUCCCGAAGGUCUACCGCUAGCAGUCACACUGGCUCUCGCUUUUGCCACAACGCGCAUGUUGAAGGACAACAACUUGGUUCGCUUGCUGCGCUCCUGCGAAACCAUGGGAAAUGCUACAACGAUUUGCUCGGACAAAACCGGUACCCUGACCCAGAACAAGAUGACGGUCGUUGCCGGUUCUCUUGGCACGGCUCUCCGCUUUGGUGACCACAAAUUGAAAGCAUCGGGUGCUCCCGAUGUAGACGAUGCUACCAAGGGCAAGGACGUUGUGGAAUCGCCCGUCGAGAACUCCAACGAUGUUUCUGCGACCGAGUUUGUAUCCACCCUGAACAAGGAAGUCAAAGAUCUACUCGAGCAAUCCAUUGUUCAGAAUACUACGGCCUUUGAAGGCGAGAUUGGAGGUCCUGAUCCCUUUAUUGGAUCCAAGACUGAAACCGCUCUCCUAGGAUUCGCACGCGACUAUUUGGGCAUGGGCAAUGUGGCACAGGAGCGCUCGAAUGCCAAUAUUGUCCAGGUAAUUCCUUUCGACUCUGCUAUCAAGUGCUCCGGAGCGGUUGCAAAACUCGACGAUGGCCGCUAUCGCAUGUAUGUCAAAGGUGCCUCGGAGAUUCUCCUAGGCAUGUGUGACAAGAUUGUUACAGAUGCGUCCAAGGAGCUGGUCGAAGCACCCAUGACCUCGGACAAUCGCGAGACUCUCGAACAGGUUAUUACGACGUAUGCCUCGCGCUCGCUGCGAACGAUUGGACUCAUUUACCGCGACUUUGAGAGCUGGCCACCUGCGGAUUCACGCAAGAAUGAAGACGAUCCUAGCCAGGCUGUCUUCUCAGACGUCUCGAAAAAGAUGACAUUUCUCGCUGUUGUGGGUAUUCAGGAUCCUCUACGACCAAGCGUCCGCGAGGCUGUCAAGGACUGCCAGCAUGCAGGUGUCUACGUACGCAUGGUCACCGGUGACAACGUGCUUACCGCCAAGGCAAUUGCUGAGGACUGCGGUAUCCUGGUUCCUGGCGGCGUCGUCAUGGAAGGGCCCACUUUCCGCAAGCUUUCCAAGAGAGACAUGGAUGCCGUCAUUCCAAAGCUUUGCGUUCUUGCUCGCUCCAGCCCUGAGGACAAGCGUAGGCUCGUGAAGCGUCUCAAGGAGCUCGGUGAGACUGUCGCAGUCACUGGUGAUGGAACCAACGAUGCUCCUGCGCUCAAGACGGCCGACGUUGGUUUCUCCAUGGGUAUUGCUGGUACUGAAGUGGCGAAAGAGGCGUCUGCUAUCAUCCUCAUGGACGACAACUUUGCCUCGAUUGUAAAGGCUUUGCUCUGGGGUCGCGCUGUGAAUGACGCUGUCAAGAAGUUCCUCCAGUUCCAGAUCACGGUCAACAUCACCGCUGUCCUGCUCACCUUUGUUUCGGCCGUUUCCAGUCCCGAUCAAACAUCGGUACUGACGGCCGUCCAACUGCUCUGGGUCAAUCUUAUCAUGGACACGUUCGCCGCACUCGCCCUCGCAACCGAUCCACCCACUCGCACUCUGUUGGACCGAAAGCCAGAUCCCAAAUCUGCUCCUCUGAUCACUCUUAGGAUGUGGAAGAUGAUUAUUGGUCAGGCCAUCUACCAACUCACAGUCACCUUCAUCCUGUACUUUGCGGGCAAAUCCAUUCUCUCCUAUGACAGUGACCGGGAAGCGGAACAGCUCCCUGCGCUUGUUUUCAACACGUUUGUCUGGAUGCAAAUCUUCAACGCAUUGAACAACCGCCGUCUAGACAACCGGUUCAACGUCUUCGAGGGCAUCACCCACAACUGGUUCUUCAUUGUCAUUUUGGCUAUCAUGAUUGGCGGUCAGACCAUGAUCAUCUUCGUUGGUGGCGUCGCCUUCAAGGUGACUCGCCUGAAUGGUGCUCAAUGGGGCUACUCGAUAGUCUUGGGUGCCUUGUCCCUGCCCGUUGGCAUGAUUGUCCGCUUGAUCCCAGACGAGCUCAUCCGCAAGUGCAUUCCCGAUUUCUUCAGGCGCAAACAGACGCCCGAGGUUGUCAUUUCUGACGAUGAUUACCAAUGGAACCAGGGUCUCCUUGAGAUUCGCGAUGAGCUUGCUUUCCUCCGAAAAGUGCGUGGAGGCCGCCUCAGCAGCUUGAAGUUCAAGGUUCAACACCCCAAGGAAAUCUUCACCAAGUCGCGGUCCAGCAUCUCGGCCCCGAGCACCCCCAACAAUGGACCGGCGGCAGACGAUGGUUCUCCCGCUCCACCGACACCCAACAGCCGCAGACGCGCCAGGUCGCGCUCCAACUCCGCCUUUGGUCCUGCCACCGUCAUGGCUGGUAUCGUUGCCGGCAGCAUUGGUGGCUGGUCUCCAAUCGACCGAACCGGUGACAACGAGUCGAUUAGAUUCGGCCGCAAUGCUACCAAGAACGAUCUUGAAGCCCAGGAUGGCGUCGAAGUCCAUCCCGAUACCAAAUCCACCGAACCCAUUCUCGCACCCAGCCCGAGCGAGUACCGUGGUCCUCCGAGCCAGAACAUGGAAACUACACCCAACUUUGUCACCGGCCCAUUUGCAUCUGGAGAGGGCAACACUAAGCCUCCCGCUUCAUGA